UUUCGCUUUCAUUUGAGCUCUCGAUAUUAACUUGACAUGUCGGGCGGCUGUUUGUUCAUAGUUAUCUUUCUACUAGCAGACAUCCAAUCCACAUAUCACGAACUAGUUUCAACAACUCAGAUCACAUUCGACAGGGGAGACAACGUCACCUUGACAUGCAAUAUCCCGUGUAACAGGAAGGUAUUGUGGAAGCGAUGGUACAACCCGGUCCCAAUAGCUGUCGGCAAGAGGCUGUUCGUGAAUACUCAGAAAUAUGCAUUACAAGAGAACCACGGUGAUUUUCAACUGACCGUCAUAUCUGCACGUCGUCCAGAUGCAGGGAUCUAUGACUGUGUCUACAAGAACGCUAGCAGGAAGCUUGUACAGCGGUUUGAAUUAACGCUCAAAGGUGAAGACGCUUCUAAUGAAAGCAUAUCAGGCAUAUCUGUUGCCGCAGCGUGUGGCAGAACAGCCAAACUACACUGUACCGUCAAAGUUCGCAAGCCAUCCAAGGUUAUAUGGAUGGACAACCGGGGACUGCUUGUAUCUGUUGGCAAAACAAGCUUCAGAUCUAGAUACAGGAGCUCUUAUGACAACAUAAGCAAUUCCUGGCAGUUGAGGAUCAGGCCCGUGACCAAACACGACUUUGGACAUUUUACCUGCAUGGUAAAGGGUGAUACCGUCAUGGCUGUUGAUGUGACCUUGAAAAGAAAAGGAAACUCGACCUUGUGCCUCUCAAGCCCUGGGGAUCACACAGAAAACAGGACUUCUCCAGCCAAUGCAACACAGGCCAGUGAUGAAGAUACAACUCUUUCCUGGGGGGACCUUCACGCCACAGAGAAAUACGACGACACAAGACAACCAGGACCUGCUGAAACUUCUCUACUUCUUCAACUCCGAACAGGUCUGGUCAUUCUCGGUGUUGGGUAUGCGGUGUUGUGUCAGCAGUGAUCUGUGUCGUCGCUCUCUGUACUGUCAGAAGAAUCACCCACCUGACCAGCACUGCCCGGGGACCGGAGACCGAGAGGGAGCCCCCUCGGACUGAGGAAACAUCACUGUCGAGCUCGAGGUGGCAC